AUGUCCACGCCGAUCCGCAACGCCGCGCCAGGCUCCGGUCCCGCAGAGCGCAGGCUGGUCCUGCCGCCCCACAUCAACCUCGCGGUGCUGCCUGUGGCCCAGUCAGUUUGGAGGCGGCCGCCGGCGGCUCCGCUGCUGCAGCCCGUGCGUCUGAGCCGUGCCGAGCUCUACCGGCCGCCCACGAGCGAGGAGCUGCAGCAGCUCAAGGAGACCGAGGAUCUCUUCCACAGCGGUCUGCUCAGCCUGCAGAUUGAAGAGCUUCUGAAGGAGGUGACGUUGAAGGAGACGAAGAAGAAGAGGAUCAAUGCCUUCCUCCACGAAAUUAAUACCCUGCUGAGCUCUGUCCCGGAGACCUCAGAAACUGAUCUCACAGACCAGGCCUGGCUCCCCAAGGGGGUGAAGGUUCCCUUCCUGCAGGUGCCGUUCAGCGUGAAGGGGAGGUUUCGGUUCCUGCCCCCAGCUGAGGUGAACGUGGUGGGCAGCUACCUGCUGGGCACCUGCAUUAAGCCCGAGAUCAACGUGGACGUGGCAGUGACCAUGCCGCGGGAAAUCUUCCAGGACAAAGACAACCUGAACCAGCGCUACCACCGCAAGAGAGCUCUGUACCUCGCUCACAUCGCCCAUCACUUCUCCAAGGAGAAGCUCUUUGGCAGCGUAACCUUUGCCUACAUGAACAGCAACCAUCUCAAGCCCAUCCUGCUCUUGCGGCCUCAAGGCAAAGAUGAGAAGCUGGUUACCGUUCGACUUCAUGCCUGUCCUGCCCCGGGUUUCUUCAAGCCAAGCCGUUUCUAUCCCAGCAAGAACAACGUUCGGACUGCCUGGUUCAUGGAGCAGGGCACUUCCAAGGAAGGAGCGCCGGAGCCCCCAACCCCUCACUACAACAACUCCAUCCUCUGUGACACAGUGCUGCAGUCCCACCUGCAUUUCUUGUCCAAUGUCGCCACUGACUUCCCGGGCAUGAAGGAUGGGCUGGCUCUUCUCAAAGUGUGGCUACACCAGCGACAGCUCAGCAAGGGCUUAGGCUGUUUCAGUGGCUUCUUGGCCUCUAUGCUUGUUGCCUAUCUGCUGAUGAAACGCAAGAUCGUUAAGAUGAUGAGUGGCUACCAGGUGCUGAGGAAUGUUCUGCAGUUCCUGGCCACCACAGACCUGAGUAUGACGGGGAUCAGCCUAGCAAAGGACACGGACGCCUCCCUUCCUUCCCUGGAUGACUUUCACCAGGCAUUCGAAGUGGUUUUUGUGGAUCCCUCAGGGCUGGUGAACCUCUGCGCUGAUAUGACUGCCAGCAAAUACCACCAGGUCCAAUUUGAAGCCAAGUGCUCUAUGGAGGUUCUGGAUGACAGCACUGUGGAUGGCUUCCAGCUGGUGCUCAUGACUGCAAAGCCCAUGCUUAGAGCCUUUGACCACAUCUUCCACCUGAAACACGUCUCCAAGCUGCAAAGUGCCUGCAAGAAGAUGCAGCUGCUGAAUGAGCUGAUGGAUCGAGGUGGGAACUACGUGGCUGCAGCCCUUCCAUUUGUUGUGUCCCUGCUGUCACGUGGGCUGGCUGGGCGAGUGCUGCUGGUGGCUCAUUCCUUGCCCCAGACCCCUGAGUGGCAUAUUGAAGCCGAGCCCCCAAAACACAAAGACAUUGGGCCUCUGACAUUCGGACUGCUGUUUGUCCCGGAGUUUGCUGCCAGUGCGUUGGAGAAGGGACCUCAGGCUGAUCGUCCUGAGGCCCAGGACUUCCGAGCCUUCUGGGGGGAGAAAUCUGAGUUGAGACGGUUCCAGGAUGGGACCAUCUGCGAGGCCGUGGUGUGGGAGGCAAACACUGUGUGCCAGAAACGCCUCAUUCCUGAACAAAUCGUCAGGCACCUCCUGUGGCUCCAUGCGGACAUUCCCGAAUCCUCUAUCUAUUACACAGGAGCCCUGUUGGAGUCUGUGGUCAAGACUGGAAAAGAGGUUUCGGGGACCGGCGAGGAGGCCAUGGUCAGCGUUGUCUGCUCGUACGAUGACCUGAGCCGCAAACUCUGGAAGCUGGAAGGGCUCCCGCUGACGGUGACGGCUGUGCAGGGUGUUCACCCAGCCCUGCGGUACACGGACGUCUUCCCUCCUGUUCCCAUGAAGCCGAUUUAUUCCUUUCAUAACAGAAUCAGGAACAAGGACUUGCUGCUUCCCUCAGAGGACAGGCCCUGCCCAGCCUACAUAUCCCCUUUGAAAGUUGUGUGCCACAUGGAAGGCAGUGGCCGGUGGCCACAGGACAAAGAAGCCAUCAAGAGAAUAAAGGCAGCUUUCCACCUCCAGCUGGCCGAGCUGCUCCAGCAGCAGCACCAUUUGAUCUGCAGACCUACAGUCACCCACACUGACGUGUACAAGGAUGGCUAUGUGUUCCGUCUGCAAGUGGCCUACCAUCGAGAGCCUCUAAUCUUGAAGGAAGUAGUCACUCCAGAAGGGAUGCUGAAGUACCAGGACACUGAGGAGUCUCAGCAGCUGGAACUGGAGACCUUGCAUCUGCCUUUUCUAACCAGCUCCCUGCAUGGGCUCCAGCAGCAGCAUCCUGCUUUUGGUUGUACAUGCCGAAUGGCCAAGCGCUGGGUCAAUGCACAGCUCCUGAGUGACCACGUCUCUGAGGAGUGCAUGGACCUCCUCGUGGCGUAUCUUUUCCUCCAGCCAGCCCCCUUCACUCCGCCCAGCUCUCCCCAGGUUGGGUUUCUGCGCUUCCUCAACUUCCUGGCAACCUUUGACUGGAAAAACAGCCCUCUCAUUGUCAACCUGAAUGCAGGCCUCACAGGUGAGCUGCACACAGGCUCUCCCAAGUAG